CGUUUUCUGCAGUUUACUUGUUAGGAGUCCUGCACAAGCAGCUGGACUGUUUAGAGCUGACAGACAUGAGGCUGGGACUGGCGGCUCUCUGCUUCUUCAGCGCCUUGCUUCAGUAUGACUGCACUCCUCCGACCUGCUACUCCAGAGCGCUCAGCCUGAGCAAAGAAAUCAUGACCCUGCUGAAUAAGAUCCACACUUUCCGCCUCACCAAAGUGUGUGCUGGAGGUCUACCUGUCAUCCACAUUGAUGUGCAUAACGCAUGCAUCACCAACAAACUGCGUGACUUUCUCUAUGUGGUGCUGAACCAUCCCGACCCAAACUGCAGGGAGAAGCCCAGAAUGGUCCUGUUGAAACAGAAAAUCCAGAACCUGUACAACAUCAUCACCAGAGUCUGUUACCGGGACUUGGUGUUUUUCACAGAUGACUGUGAGUCUAUCGACACUGGACGUAGCAGCCCAAACUUAGCAGAAGACAGGCUGCAGGUGCUGCAGGAGGACAGAUGAGACUGUUCACAAUCUCAUAUAUAGACAUAGCUUCAUAGAAAUCCAUAGUAGCCAAAUGUAGAGCAGUAACAGCAUUUAUAUAACACCGAAGACAGGGUUGUUUCAUGUCCUGCAUGCCAACUGGCUGAGGGUUGGGUGACAGUCUGCAUGUCAGUGGACACGUGUGGUUUCAUUCCAGCAGCGAGCGGAGAACUUUCCACAGGAAAUUAGCUGAAUGCCAGCCAUGCCGAUGAAAACCUUGAAAUAAUAAACCAGUACUAGAUGCUUGUGAAUGCAGACUGACCACUGCUUCUUUACCAGGUCUGAUCAAAGGUUUGUACACCAUUAACAGAAAUAAGCUGUGUAACUGUGAGCUUUCCACACAGCAGCAGCGCUGUGGGUGUCCUGUAAACAUCUGAAGGCUUGAACAUGGUCCUUCAACAUGUUGGAGAAGAAAGGGACCUUUCUCCCUCGUACAGUUUGUAAUUUUCUGAAUGUUCUUGUAUAGACUUUGUAUGAAAGGAGUUGUGAUGUUUCUGCUGCUUUCUUAUUAUGAAUAGGAAGGACUCUUCAGAGAAAUAUAAAAUCUCUCUAAUAUGCUGUACAUGCCCACAAUCAGUAAAUGUUCCCUUAAAGUAAUAAAAAUGUUCCUUUCCUA